GACAUGCAAUCCCUAACUGGAUUAACCUUCAUUUCAAGAUAAAGGCAUAAUCCUAAGCCUUUCCUUGCAGAUAAGAACAUAGAAGUUCGCUCAUGUGACGCUGGCACUUGCAACGGUGUUGGAGUUUGGGCAUCAUGGACUGAGUGGAGCACAUGUUCCACAUCUUGCGGUCCUGGCACUAUGGUUCGAACGCGAGGAUGCCAUAGAGAACCUUGUGAUGGCUCAGCUCAUGAAAGGAGGUCAUGUAAUCAUGGAGUUUGCUCUUCACCACCGGGACAAUGGGCUCCAUGGAAUGAGUGGUCGGAUUGUAGUCGACUGUGUGGUCGCGGAAUUCGGUCGAGGAGCAGAAGUUGCAACGGUGGCGGAUGCUAUGGAAGUGGAAGCGACCAGUCUUUCUGUAAUGAACAACCUUGUGAGGCAAAUAUUGGCGACUGGGCCACAUGGUCGUCGUGGAGCCAGUGCUCUGCUACUUGUGGAGCAGGCGUUAAGAGACGCACACGCUACUGCAGGUCCGGCAGUUGUCCUGGAAACUACAAGGAAUCCGCUAUUUGCAACGAUCGCGAGUGCGAGAGUCGCAAUGCCGCCUGGGGAG